AUGGAGACCAUCAGCAACGUGGUCCACAAGGCCUCGACCGCCAUCUGGGGCGAGGAUAACUCCUCUCACCAGGAACAGUCCGUGGAGCCACAUGGGGACGAACCCAUGUCUGGCGUUCAGGGCAAAGGCGCUGUCAACGAUCCGUUCGACGCCGGGAACCGCGAGGAUCAAUCCGACAACGCGGAUUCAAUCGACGAACCCACCCCGACGGAAGACAGCCCAGCCGCCCAGAAGACCACCACCGAGCCCAGCUCAAAGAACAAUACCGACCCCAUCACGACCGGACAACCCAUGUCCAGCUCAACAGAAGCAGGCGGCGGCGGCGGAAGCAGCAGCACCAACGAGAAACAACCCACCGAUGGCGGCGAGCAACGCAGCACCGAGAAAUCCGGUGCCGAGAGCAGUCACCCGCUAUCGGCAAUGGAUGAUCCCAAUCUAAAGGUUAGCGAGGAGGCCUUGAAAGGCCCGCAGGGGCCGGCGCCGCAUUCGGCGUCUGAGUUUGAGAAGGAGAUGGAUGGGAAGGCUCCUUCUGAUACGGGGAUUGCGUCGAAAACGAGCGGCACUUCUGAAGGCAAGGAGAAUGGCCAGAAGCACGGAACCAUGUCCCGGAUGAAGGAGCGUCUGAACAAGGUCACCCAUCUGCAUCACUCGAGCAAGUGA